GCUGUUCUCACUGGGUUAUAAAGACUCUUGCGGCCUUCUAAAGUUUAGCCUGUCGGUGUUCUGCUAGCGACGAACACAGUAUAUUGUCACCAUUCGAACGAAUCACGCGUACAUAUCUCGAUAUGUUCCGAUAAAUCUAAUCACGUUUAUAAAUGCCGAUAUAAUCUAGGGUGCCAGUGCGGUGUAUUAAAAAAGUUUACGACGGUAAUUUGUGCGUUUCGAAUUGUUCCAAAUUUGAAGUUUUUGUUUUUCAACUGAAAUUCUGCUUUAUGAUGUGGCAGUUGAUUCUACUGUUAGUAGUGGCUUCAGCAAUCAGCGGCGAGCUGCCCCCCUCCUGCGACCGACCCGUCUACUGCAACAGUGCACUCCUGCAUCAUGUUCAACUGGCGCGCGUCUUCCCCGAUUCCAAGACUUUCGUUGACUACGAAAUGAGAUACGAUGAGAACACAACGUUGAAAGCAUUUAACGAACUACUCAACGAAACAAACAACGACCCUAAUCGGGACCAAAUCAAAUUAUUUGUUGACCAGUAUUUCAAUAACGACACUACUAACGAACUAGAAAACUGGACACCAACUGACCACUCGGAAAACCCAGAAUUCUUAAAUGAAAUAAACGAUGAAGACUUACGACAAUUCGGAAAAGAUAUAAACGCGAUAUGGCCUGUUCUGGGAAGAAAAGUUACCAAAGCAGUUUUUGAGAAUCCUGAACAACAUAGCUUGGUGCCUGUCAGUCACGGUUUCAUCAUACCUGGAGGUAGAUUCAAAGAACUUUAUUACUGGGACACGUACUGGAUCAUUGAAGGUCUUCUUAUAAGCGACAUGGAUGACACCGUCAGAGGUGUAUUAGAAAAUCUUAUUGAAUUGCUAAAGAAGUUCGGACAUAUCCCCAACGGGAGCAGAUGGUACUACCAGCAAAGAAGUCAGCCUCCUCUAUUGUCAGCUAUGGUGGCUUUAUAUUUCGACAAAACGCGUGAUACUGAAUUCUUAACAGCUAAUAUUGAUGCAUUGGAAGAAGAAAUAAAAUAUUGGCUUGAUACGCAAAUUGUUUCCUUUGAUAAAUCUGGAAGGACGUACACAUUGCUAAGAUAUUACGCUCCCAGUGAAGGCCCCCGUCCAGAAUCUUAUUAUGAAGAUUGGACGAACGCACAAAAAUUUGACACAGAGGAAAGGCGGACAGAAUUUUACACUGAUUUAAAAAGUGCUGCUGAAAGUGGUUGGGAUUUCUCAUCGCGUUGGUAUAUAGAAAAGGACGGAAGCAAUAAAGGAGACUUAACAAUGAUCCACACUCAAGACAUAGUCCCUGUCGACUUGAACUCAAUCUUCGCUAAUGCUCUAAGCAACAUGGCUUACUUCAAAGCUGUUUUGAAGAAACCUAACGAGGCAGCACAUUGGGGAUACCUGGCCAAGCAAUGGAGGAACUCCAUUGAAGAGGUUUUAUGGAAUGAAGACGAGGGAGUGUGGUUUGACUAUGAUUUGAGUCACAAGCAGCAUCGCAAGUAUUUCUACCCUAGCAAUGUUGCUCCUUUAUGGAUGAGGGCGGUGGAAGAUGAGUUGGUUGAAAAACACGCUCCCCGUGUUGUGAAUUAUUUGCGUAACUCUAAGGGUCUCGACUAUCCUGGCGGUGUUCCAGUUUCCUUGGAUUACACUAAAGAGCAAUGGGACUUCCCUAACGCUUGGCCUCCACUAGUGAGCUUGGUAGUGAAUGCUUUAGAAGCGAUAGGCAGUGAGGAAGCUCAGACAAUGGCAUUUAAUGUAGCUCAAACGUGGGUACGCGCAUGUCACAAGGGAUUCUCCGACAAUGGCCAAAUGUUUGAAAAAUAUGACGCGCAAACUCCUGGCGCAUUUGGAGACGGAGGCGAAUACACCUUGCAAUUCGGUUUCGGAUGGUCCAAUGGCGUAGUUCUUGAAUUUCUGAAAAAAUAUGGCAGAACUCUAACGGCGAAGGAUUCUCCAGGAAAUGAUAGAAGUAAAGUUGUUUAUUUGGAAGAUAUUAAAAGCAACGAAAGUGGAGCUUAUAUCCCCACACUAAACAUGCCCACCAUCAAACGAAUCUACCCCUUACUGGGACUGCUCGGGGCGUGUGUACAGGCCGCGACAAAGCUCUCAGUGUGCAACUCUUCAAUUUAUUGCUCCGGCGAACUCCUCCACAAAGUGCAACUAGCGCGCCUUUACCCCGAUUCCAAAACAUUCGUCGAUAUGAAACUCAAACAUCCCGAAAAUGAAACAUUGGCCUCUUUCGCUAAACUCAUGCACGACACCGAACACAAUCCGUCACAUGAACAGCUGCUAGAGUUCGUGGAAAAUCAUUUUUUGGAAGGAAAUCAACUGCAACAGUGGAACCCGCCCGAUUUUGACCCAAAUCCGCCGAUUCUCGAACAAAUUUCUGAUCCACAGCUGCGAGAAUUUGCGAAAAAUGUUACAAAAAUUUGGGCUAAGUUGGGCCGAAGAGUAGAGCCCGAUGUUGCCGAGAAACCAGAACUAUCCAGCCUGCUUUACGUGCCUAACGGAUUCAUAGUUCCAGGAGGACGAUUUAAGGAACUAUAUUACUGGGACUCUUAUUGGAUGGUACGAGGACUCCUAUUGAGCAAUAUGAUUGAAACAGCUAAAGGUAUGAUUGAAAAUUUGCUGUAUUUAGUUGAAAAAAUCGGCUACGUACCUAAUGGUGGUCGAAUAUACUAUUUUGGCAGAAGUCACCCACCGUUGCUCACAGCUAUGGUCGCCAAUUACUUCGAGGCUACUGGUGAUUUAUCUUUUUUGGAGAAACACAUCGCAACUAUAGAAAAAGAGUUACAAUAUUGGCUCGACAAUAAGAAAAUGAAUGUCAAUAUAAACGGAACAGAAUAUAUGCUUUUGAGAUAUUUAGCCGCCGGUAAUAAAAAAGAUCCGCGUCCCGAAUCAUAUUACGAAGACUACACAAAUUCUCUGAACAUGCAAGAGGAAAAACGUGAAAAUUUUUAUUUGCAAAUAAAAAGUGCCGCGGAGAGCGGCUGGGAUUUUUCCUCUCGAUGGUUUAUCUCCGCGACAAACAGCGAGCUCGGCAGUUUGACGGAUCUGCGGACGACAUCAAUCGUGCCGGUGGAUCUGAAUGCUAUUUUCGCCGGCGCCCUUGAGCUGGCCGGCGAUUUUAGAAGUCAUCUGAAACAUCGCCGCGAAGCGCAGAAAUGGUGGAGCCUUGCCAAGUACUGGAGGAACGCAAUCUCGAAAGUCCUCUGGGAUCCGGAGGAUGGAGUAUGGUACGACUAUGACAUGGACGCGAAGUCGUUGCGGAAGCACUUUUACCCGAGCUGCAUAGCUCCAUUGUGGGCCGGAGCCGUAGAUAUAGAUUUAGCCCCAAAAUAUGGAGCCCAAAUAGUCCGAUAUUUGCUCAAAUGUGGAGCGUUAGAGUUUCCGGGCGGUGUGCCCACGUCUAUACUAAAUUCAGGGGAGCAAUGGGACUAUCCUAACGCUUGGCCGCCUCUGCAAUCGAUACUGAUCUUCGGUUUAGACAAGAGUGGUGAUGAGGAAGCGAAACAGUUGGCGAAAGAGCAGGCGAAGUUGUGGCUGCGCGCGAACUAUAUAGGUUACAGUACGUGGCAGAAAAUGUUUGAAAAGUAUAACGUGUUGCAACCGGGCCACGAGGGCAGUGGUGGAGAAUACAUCGUGCAGGAUGGGUUCGGGUGGACAAACGGGGUAGUUCUAGAAUUACUAAGCAGAUACGGGAAAGAAAUAACUUUAAACGACGACAUGAGCCCGGGCCCUAAUGUUUUUCAAGUCUAGAUAAAUGAAAAAUUGUCAGUGAUAAUUUUUGUGACAGGUAAUAUAAUAGAUAUUUAUUAAAGCGUUCCAGAGUAGGCAUAAUUUAGUAUUGUUAUUAACAUUUAUAGUUAUUUAUUAUAAGCGAAAUGUGACACUUGUUAUUGUGUAGAUAAUUGUGAGAAUGCUUACGAGUGCAAUGAUACUAAGCAAUAAAUUUAUUUUUGUAUGUUAA